UUUACCGAGAAAACGAAACUUAGUGCGGGUGAGGCUGAGGUGGCCAGACGUGCGAAAACAUGGAAGCGGAGUUCACAUGAAAACUGAGUGUUCUUAAAUGUGCAUUUUGUUGUUUUAUUUUAAUGUAAGCUGAGCUGACAAUCUGAUCGGUGGCUGAUUUAUCAUGGAAACGGAAAACUACGUCGUUAAACUGAACGAGUACGCACAGAAGAUAGGCUCGGUGGUGAAAUACGAAGACGUCGACUGUGUUGGCCCUGAUCACCUUAAAACAUUUACUUUAAGAGCGGUCCUAAAUGGUAAGGCGUACCCUGAUGGUGUGGGCAAAAACAAGAAGGAAGCCAGACAGAGAGCGGCUGAAAACGUCCUGAAGACCUUGUUGGAGGAAUCAGUUGACUCUACAUCAACAAAAAAUGGAGUAGAAGCUCCGACCACACCAGUUCGUCAGACAGCUAUAACUCAAACCAACUUUGUGUGUUGGCUCAAUGAAUAUGGUCAUAAGAACAGGGUGAAUAUAAGACCUGUGGAGUCAACGAAACUGGGACCAAAUAAUGCUGCUCAAUGCUGUAGCUUUGUGGUUGGUGAUAAAGAGUAUCCAGCUGCCAGUGGGAGAACAAAAAAGGAGGCCAAGGAGGAAGCAGCCAAGCUUGUAUUUCAAGAGAUAUAUGGGAGUAGAACUACAGAGACUGGAGAGGAGAAACACAUCUCAUCAAGUCAACCAGGGACGGAAUUGAUUAAAAAUGUGUCUGACAUCUGUGAUAAGACAAAGAACUUAAGCACUAUAGCAGCAGACGAAGGUUUUUCAGAGAUAAAUUUCAUUGGCAUGGUCAACAACUACUGUCAGAAAACAAAACGCACUCAUGAUUACGUCGUUGAGAAAAGAUGCGGUCCAGCUCACAACCCUCAGUUUUUCUACAAAUUAGUCAUCAAUGAUAAGCCAUACCCUGUGGGUGAGGGUAGAAACAUCAAGGAGGCCAAACAAAAUGCAGCUCAGCUGGCCUGGUCUGCUCUUCAAGAACAGUCAGAUUGGGACAGCAAGAUCUCAGGGUCAGCUUUGCUUGAUGAUAGUUCACCAGCCAGGCGGUCCACACCACCAAGCACACUGGAAUCCCAUGACACCAAAGCAAAAGAUGUGCCAACAACUUCGAGUGACUCAAUUGUUUUCACCAAUUCAUCAAUCCCUUCCAAGGACCAGAUUCAAAGUCCUGACGUGAAGCCCAAAAUAAGAAUUGCAGCAAAUUUCCUAAAUGCCCACAAAAACAGCAAAGACAACAGCAAAGAGGUAAUCAUCAAUUUCAAUCACAAGAAUAAAAGAACUAGUCCGAGUAAGAAAACAACAACUACAUCAGUAACCUCAAGGUUCACAGCAGAAUUUGACUCCAUAGUGUUCCUCGGCAGCGGAGGCUUUGGUCAUGUUUUCAAGGCAAAACAAAUACUGCUGAAAAAGUAUUUUGCUAUAAAGAUUGUCCGUUGCAAAGAAAAAUCUCUACGAGAGGUGGGGGCUUUAUCAGACCUCAAUCACAUCAAUAUUGUUCGAUACUUCACAUGUUGGUUGGAGGAUUCACAAUACCAAUGUGACAGUUCAGCUGGUAGUUGCAGCAGUUCACAGUCAACCGGCGAUUCAUCAAUGAAGUACCUUUACAUUCAGAUGGAGCUGUGUGACACCAAAACACUUAGAGUGUGGAUAGAUGAGAAGAAUGUUCAGAAUGUGAAGAAAUCUCUGCGAGACUCCAAGAGAAGAGAAGAAAGUCUAACUAUUGCUCAGCAAAUAGUCAGUGGAGUCGAGUACAUUCACUCCAAAAUGCUCAUCCACAGAGACCUGAAGCCUGCCAAUAUCAUGUUUGGGCAAGAUGGAGAUGUGAAGAUUGGAGACUUUGGUCUGGUCACUGCUGAAAAUGAUGACGAUGCUGAGAACUUGAUUGAGAGAUCGGUGUACAAAGGAACCCCUUCUUACAUGGCUCCGGAGCAAAAAAGCAGGAAGAUAUAUGAUCGGAAAGUGGACAUAUUUGCUCUGGGUUUGAUAUAUUUUGAACUUCUUUGGAACCUCUCCACUGGCCAUGAACGGAAAGCGAUUUGGGAAGAUGUCAGAAACCAGAAACCUCCACAAGGAUUUUCACACAAUUUCCCUCUCGAGAACCACAUUAUAAGGUCAAUGCUGUGUGUGAAGCCAGAAGACCGGCCUGAAGCAAGUAAUCUAAAGUUGGAAUUGGAAGAUUGCAGUUGCAAACUCAUGAUGCUUAAAGAUCUGCGUCGCGAGAGUAAGACGGUCUCGGUGUACUUUUUUCGCACAGCUUUCUGCAGUUUGAGACAGUUGUCGUUUAUGAUGGAUACGACAAACUGUCUAGUUGAACUAAGAGAUUAUGCCAUGAGAACCCGCUCUGAGCUGGACUAUGACGACCUCGGCCUUGGCCAUAAUCAAACAUUCACCCAGAGGGUUGUCCUCAAUGGUAAAGUCUAUCCUGAUGGUGUGGGGAAGACCAAGAAAGAGGCCAAACGUAAUGCUGCUAAAAAUGCCAUCAAAUGCUUGUUGGAGAAUGAACAUGGGGACGCAGUUGAUUUGACUGCAGGUGAGAAUGAAGAACUGGAUCUCUGUACUAGGAUAAGACGCCUCGGUGUGAACUCAAUGCUUCACAGAUCCAAACAGAAACAAUCAGAGACAAAUUACAUAGGACUUGUCGCCCACUACUGUCACAGAACAAACCGCUGCCAUUCGUACAUUGAAGAGAGGAGAUGCGGUCCACCUCACAACCCUCGAUUUUUCUACAAGUUAAUGAUUGACAAAAAGGAAUACCCUGAAGGUGAGGGUAAGACUGCCAAGGAGGCCAAACAAAAUGCAGCUCGGUUGGCCUGGUCUGCUCUUCAAGAACAGUCAGAUUGGAACAGCAAGGUGUCCGUCAGAUCAACAGUAUCCGAAGAUGGUACAGCAGCCACGUCAGUAGAAUCACCUACACAGGAGUCCCUUGUACCAUCAUCACAAAUUGCUGUUUCAUCAGUCCCUCCCAAGGUUCAGAUGUCUGUCAUGCCUGAAGAUGAUGCAUCAACCAAGUUGUCAGCACCAAAUUCACUGGAGUCUCUAGCAUCAUCACAGAGCAUGUCAGCGGGUACAAGUGGAUCAGAAUUAUUCACUGAAUCAUCGAACUCUUCCAACAAUCAGGACGAUAUUGUCAAACACAAGAAUAUGGGAAACAGUGAGAAUGAAAUAUGCUCCCCGUCAAGGUUUACCUCAGAUUUUGACAUCAUGGAGUGUCUUGGCAGUGGAGCAUUUGGUUGUGUUUACAAAGUAAAACAUAAACUCCUGCCGAAGCAUUAUGCUGUUAAGAUUGUCCGCUGUGGAAAGAAUUCUCUUCGAGAGGUGGGGACACUAUCAGACCUUCUCCAUCAUAACAUCAUUAGAUACUACACGUUUUGGAUGGAGGAUACAGGACACCAAUGGAACAUUUCUGCUGACAGUUGCAGCUCUUCUUCUAAGUCGAACAAUUCAUCUGCAAAGUACCUCUAUAUUCAGAUGGAGUUAUGUGACACCAAAACACUUAAAGUGUGGAUUGAUGAGAAGAACACUCAGUCUCUGCAAGACUCCAAGAGAAGAGAAGAAAGUCUAAAAAUUGCUCAACAAAUAGUUGGUGGAGUCGAAUAUAUUCAUUCACAGAAACACGUCCACAGGGACCUUAAGCCUGAAAAUAUCCUGUUUGGACUGGAUGGACAAGUGAAGAUUGGAGACUUUGGUCUGGUCACCAGUGAUUAUGAUAAUGAUGACUCUGCCCUGAUGGAGAGAACAGGGGACAGAGGAACCACAACUUACAUGGCUCCUGAACAAAAGACAGAGUCUUAUGACCGAAAAGUGGACAUAUUUGCUCUGGGGUUGAUAUACUUUGAACUCCUUUGGAAACUCUCAACUGGCCACGAAAGAGGAGUGGUUUGGGAUGAUGCCAGAAGUCAGAAGUUCCCCGAAGAGUUUUCCCUAACUUUUCCCCAAGAGGACCAGAUCAUUAAGUCGAUGCUGUGUGAGAAGCCAGAAUACCGACCUGAAGCAAAUACACUCAAGGCAGAGCUGGAAAAGUGGAAAUUUUAAACACACCAAAAAUAUCUAAUAAGUAACUGUUAUAAGUCAUAUGAGCAUAUAGAAAGAUGUCUCUUCUGAUGUCUGUGAUUUAAUGAAACAUACAGUCACACCUAUGGAUGGCAAUUUGAGGUUCUGUGUUUUGUACACUUCAAACUACAGACAGUAAGUCAUAUCAUUAACCAUGCAAUUAAUGAACAACCUGUUUUUAUAAUAGGUUUUAUAAACAGGGAAUGACACAUGAAAUCAAACUAAAGCAUGAUUUUGCCGUAAUUCACAUCUAUGCUGGGAAUUGUUGUGUUUCAGAUGGUGUCAUAUUACAGUUAAAAUAGUUAUCUUUGGGAAAAUGGCUAUUCAUCUACACACUAAAUGUACAUACACACAUACUAUACUGCACAUGUAGACAGUGUUGUUGCAAGAAUUAGUUCAUUUAAAUUGUUACAUCAGAAUCCUUGAGCACAAUUUACAAUAUUAUUAUAAUGUAAAUAUCUUGCCAAGCCAAUUCAUGCAUACAAUACACUUGUAAGUUGUGAACGAUGUUAUACAAUAUGAAUCAGAUAGCUGCGUAUGUAACUACGGUUGUCAGAAGGAAUAGACCAGGAAUAUUGCACUCACUGUAAAUAAAUAGAUAGAAAAUAGACAAAAGAGGGCUAGAGUCAUUGAUUAUAAUGUUAAAAAACUUUUUUAUAUCAAGUUUAUAUCAAGGCUACAGCACUAUCAUGUUUUAUGAGUUUAAUGUUUACAUUAAAAGGCUUGACUACAA